AAUGGAGAGAUGACAAUCCGAGCCGGAAAAGGAUGAGAAUGGCGCAGAACCGAGGUCCGAUGUUGACCUCCCCAACGAGAUUCGGAAGGACGAACUCAACACCUCCACAACAAUUUGCAGGUAAACCUCCAGUUAAUUGGACUCCCUUUAAUCUGCCGAGGUCACAAAUUUUUAUGCAGAUCAAGAAUAAAAUGGAUUUAAGGCGUCCUGGCCUGAUGAAAACUGCUGUUGCCAAUCGAGACCACACCAGAUAUUGUGAUUUUCAUCAAGAUCACGGCCAUACUACAGAGCAGUGCAACAGUUUAAAGUCCAAACUGGAGAGUUUAGCUCAGAAGGGAAUGCUAAAUGAGUAUGUUCAGAGAGCUGAACAGCCGAGAUUUAUCAAAGAACAGAGGCCGCAGCCUCAAGGAGUCCGCAAUCCCCCAAAUAGGCAAGGUGUGGGAUAUCAACAAACCCCACCUCCGCUCCCACCGCCAGCUAGAAUCAUACAUAUGAUUACCGGAGGCCUUGAAGCAGGUGGACUGAGCUCUAAGCAGCGAAAGCUGUAUAUCAGAGAGGUUAAACACCAAAACCGAGCUCAGAAGCGAAAGAUUGACGAUGCUGAGUGGAAGAAUCAACCCAUUACGUUCACGUCUGCUGAUCUUGACACAGUGGUUACACCCCACAAUGAUCAAUUGGUCACUUCUGUAAUGAUUAAUAACUGUGAAGUACAGCGUGUCCUUGUUGACACCGGGAGUGCACCAGACAUCAUGUACUUCCACUGUUUCGAGAGUCUGGGAUUAGAUCCAGCAUUGUUGCAGAAGUAUGAUGGUCCUAUCUAUGGUUUCAACAACCAACCUGUUCCGGUAGAAGGAGUUCUUACUCUACAUGUGGCUUUUGGGAGUGGUAGGACCUAUGUAACCCCGUCGGUCCGGUUCCUCGUAGUAAAGAUGGUGUCCUCUUUCAACAUUAUCAUUGGUCGACCCACACUGACUGAAAUCCGAGCUGUAGUUUCCCAAUCUCACCUCUGCAUAAAGUUCCCAACUCCUAUGGGCAUAGCAACAUUACGAGGAAAUCAGGAGGUGGCCAGGCAUUGUUAUAUCACCUCGGUAACACAACCCAUGAAAGGCAAAGCUCAGACACCCGAGGCCAUUCCCCAGCGAAUUUCUGAUAAUCAGCAAGUUAUGGGUGUUGAGAUCGUAGAUAAUCGACCGGAAGAUGAGAACAGAGCUGCUCCGGUUGAAGAUGUUGAAGAAGUGCUCAUUGAUGACAGAGAUCCGAAUCGAAAGAUGCAGAUCGGAACUAGAUUGAACCCAGAGAAAAGGGCAGAGCUAAUAGCUUUUCUUCAAGCUAAUAAUGAUUUCACCUCCGUUUACCAUCCUGAGUCCAAUGGCAUGGUGGAAUCUGUUAACAAAUGCAUUUUGGAAGGAAUAAGGCCGAGAUUGGAGCAGCAUAAGGCCAAGUGGGCAGACGAGCUCAACAACGUCCUUUGGGCAUACAAAACCACGAGCCGAACUGCUACAGGUGAAACACCCUACCACUUGGCCUUUGGUACCGAAGCAGUUAUUCUUGUUGAAAUAGGAGUCCCAAGCUUCCGGGUCACCCAUUUCAAUGAAGGACGAAAUGGACAACUGCUUCGGGAAAACCUUGAUCUGCUUGCUGAGGUCAGAGAAGAAGCUCGGCUUCGAACUCUCACAUAUAAGCAGAAACUAGCCAACUUCUACAAUAAACGGGUCCGCCCUCGAACAUUCAAAGUAGGAGACCUUGUUCUCAGAAAAGCUGGCCUAACAGGGUUUAAAACUCGUUUUGGCAAACUCGCCCUAAAUUGGGAAGGCCCUUAUGCCGUGGCCGAGGUGCCACAUCCUGGUGCCUAUGUCCUCCAAGACGCUGAAGGAAAGAGAGUUCCUAGAGUCUGGAAUGUCAAUAACUUGAAGAAAUUUUACCCUUAAUAAAAUUCUUUUAAGUGAUAUAUGUCUUACUGUUCUUUACACUUCUCACUUCGUAUUUAUUGAGAUUCAUUUUACUUCUUAUUCUAUGUAUCAGAAGUCAAUCAGUACUUAAAUCUCACUUCUGAUUAAUAAAAGUCACUUCACAUA